UGGAAGAAGAGGACUCAGGGUACCGUCAAGGAUCCACCGUCAGGACUACGAGGAUCGUCAUGAGGACCACAGUACUGGUUCUGGGAUGGGCGCUGCUUGCGGCAGCUGUGGUGUACGCUGAGGAGGCUCCGGUCAACAAGAAGGUUGACAAGCGAGGCAUCUUCACCAUCGGCAGCGGCUACGGCCUCGGCGGCGGAUACGGCUAUGGUGGCGGAUAUGGGGGCGGAUAUGGCGGCGGAUAUGGGGGCGGAUAUGGCGGCGGCUACGGAGGCGGCUACGGAGGCGGCUACGGAUAUGGUCUGGGUGGUGGUCUCUCCUCUGGUGCCAUAGGAGGCGCAGUAAUCAGUGGUGGAGGCUUGGGAGGCUCUUACGGUGGCGGCCUGGGAUUAGCCGCGGGCGGUAUCGGAGGCGGCAUCGGAGGUGGAGCUGGCGGUCUGGCGCUGGCUUCUGGAGGGGGACUGGGUCUCGCUGCCGGAGGUCUCGCAGGCGGUGCCGCCCUGGGUGGUGGAGCUGCCGCAGUGGGCGGGGUGUCUCAGACCGUUCUGAGGACAGUUACCGUCCCGGUACCCGUGCCACAGCCGGUCCCCGUACCGGUGUCCCGCCCCGUUCCAGUGUCCGUACCCGUACCCCAGCCGUACCCCGUCAGAGUCCCGGAACCGGUGCCUGUCAGAGUGCCUCAGCCGUACGCCGUCAGGGUACCGCACCCCGUACCCGUAACAGUGGACCGCCCCGUUCCCGUCCCCGUACCCCAGCCCGUGCCCGUGUCCCGGCCAGUGCCCGUCCCCGUACCUGUACCCCAGCCGUACCCCGUCAGAGUACCCCACCCCGUGCCGGUCUCCGUCCCCCAGCCGUACCCCGUCCCUCAGCCCGUACCGGUGCCAGUGUCCACUGGCGUUAGCGCUGCAGUGGUGCCCGUCGCCACCACCGGCAUCAUUGCCGGAGGCGGAGGACUCGGAGGAGGAUUUGGAGGCGGCCUGGGAGGCGGCAUCGGAGGCGGCCUGGGAGGCGGCCUGGGAGGAGGCCUGGGAGGAGGCCUGGGAGGCGGCCUGGGAGGCGGCCUGGGUGGAGGCCUGGGUGGCGGCGCUAUCAUCUCCGGAGGUGGAAUCGGGGGCGGUCUCGGAUACGGCUACGGAAGUGGUGGGCUCGCGUACGGAGGUGGUAGCCUCAUCGGUGGCGGAAUUGGUGGAUCCUACGGAGGCGGUACCAUCGUGAAGGUACUCCCGGCAGCCACCAGUUUCUCCUCAGGAGGCAGCUACGGCUCUAUCUACAAGACCUACCUCAAGCACUGAUUGAUCCAUACACCAUGAGAUUCAUGCCACAUUAGACAACAGCACUGGAUCUCUCUAGCACUAGAAACAAUUCAAAUUACUAUAAUUAUCACAAGUCACUCCUGCCAAAUAUUUCAGCGGCAUCCAUUAAUUGGACUCCAGAGUACUCGAACUCCAGGUGUUCUUCCAGAAUGAAAUUUGCUUAAACGUCACAUCCCAUGAUCUCGUUGUUGAUGGGAGAAUUGAUUUCAUAUAGACUACAUUUGAAAUUUAUACUGCAUAAAGUCCGUCGAAUUUUCAGUUAUAACAGGAGUGAAAUAGAGAUUUUUGUGGCCAGUAAAUCAUCUUGAUAUAUUAGGGUGUGGAAAAAAAAGUCGCGAGGCGAUUCCCAGUGCUGUUGUCCAGAACUGAGUUGACGACAUUUUGCAUAUAUAUUUCACUACUAACACAGCGAUUCAUUUUGCAAUUCGUUUAUAAUAACUGUACGAUACUUCAUUAUUUUCUACAUGUAUCUAUUUAUGUGUGACGCACAGAAUAAAAUAAAGUUGAUGAGCUUUGUACCAAA